GCGAUGACUGGCACCCUGUGGAGUAUUUCAGCCACAAAGUGCUUCCCAUCAACUCGCUUGAUGAUGCAAGGAAGAAGGAGUUGCUCGCAUUCGUCAUGGCUCUCAAGCGAUGGCGGCACUUCCACCUUGGGCAUCGUAGGUUCACAUGGGUCACGGACAACAAUCCAUUGACUUACUACAAGACGCAGGAUACGGUGAGCAACACGAUCGGACGAUGGAUGUACUUCAUCGACCAAUUUGACUUCACACCGAAACAUCUGCUCGGCCUCUCAAAUCGCGCAGCAGAUGCACUCUCGCGAAGACCCGAUCUUUGCGCUAUGACACAUCAUGCCUUCGCAUUCGACGAGGAGCUUCAGCGACACUUCAUCCGGGCAUAUCAGUCUGAUCCGGAYUUCGGCACGCUCUAUGCACARCUAUCUUCGGAUCMCCSRYMGGCCAGCCAUUACCGCAUUGYSGACGGGUACUUGCUCCUCCACUCGAGAGGCAAGGACUUACUAUGUGUCCCACGCGACCGUCGUCUUCGGACUCGCCUCCUUGGCGAGUAUCAUGAUUCACGACUCGCCGGCCAUUUCGGAGUCAACCGCACWAUUGCACGGCUUCGACAGCGAUUCCGAUGGCCCGGCCUCAUUACCGAUGUCACUCGGUAUUGCGACUCUUGCGAAGUUUGCCGACGCAGCAAGCCCCRCAACCGCAAUCCCUACGGCGAGUUACACCCGAUGCCUAUCCCACGGGAACCCGGUCUCUCCAUUGCCAUGGACGUCACCGGUCCGUUUCCUCGCGACCGGCUCGGGCACGACGGCAUCCUCACGGUUGUGGACCGAUUGAGUAAGUACGUGCGUUUUCUCCCUUGCAAGUACUACUCCACGGCUCCCGAGCUGGCACGCCUCCUGCACACUGGUUGGAUUUGUGGCCACGGUGUACCAGAAGACAUUGUCAGCGACCGCGACACUCGUUUCAUCUCGGCGUUUUGGACUGCUCUCAUGCAGGAGUCCAGCACAACAAUGAAACCAAGUUCGGCUCGACAUCCUCAGACAGACGGGCAGACGGAGCGGGCACAUCAAACCACUCAAAUGAUGCUUCGUACGCUCAUUCGUCCGGACCAGAAAGAUUGGGUUGACCGCCUCCCCGACAUCGAGUUCGCCUACAACACUUCGGUGUACCCGGCGAUCGGCGUGACUCCAUUCGAGUUGCACCACGGUGGACGGAAAGGCCGCAUCUUCGCCGACCUUCUCCUCCCUCGACCAGCCGACAUUGACGCCGCUUGCUCCCCCGCUUCCGUUCGGAAGUACAGGGACUUGCUGACUCAAGCCCGCGCAAAUAUGCAAAAGGCUCAAGUUCGCAUGCAGCAGCAAGCCAACAGGCGUCGCGUACCAUGUCCCAUCCGCGCCAGUGAUCUGGUUUGGGUCUCCACGGAAGAGUUUGCACUGGAACAGGACGUUUCACGCGAACUGCUUCCCAAGUGGUUUGGACCUUGGUCUGUGACAGCAGCCGCGGGCGAUGAGCCCGAUGGCCCUUCAUUUGUGAUCAACAUUCCAGAGCAUCUGACGGUCCAUCCGGUCUUCCACGCCUCGAAGCUGGCAACAUACACGCCAGCCAAGAGCGACGACUUUCCGGGCCGACGAUCGCAGGACCCUCCUUCUAUGGAUGGCCAUCAGGAAGUUGACCGCGUCAUCACCGAUCGCAAGUAUGGCAGCAAGCCGCGGCAGUACGAAGUCACAUUCAAAGCAUGCGAUCGUGACGACACUCGGUGGAUUUCAGGAGCAGAUUUGAAAGCAUCCGCACCGCUGAUCUACGCUCACUAUGAACGUCAAAGGUUAGCCAAGGGACCUCCACGACCUGCCCCUCCCACCCGGACUGUGGUCCCUCCCUCAGACAGACAGCUUCGCCCUCGCAGGUAAGCUCGGUCUUUCAAGGAGGGGGGGGGUGUGGCAGACUGCGUAGCCACACGGGCCCUGUAGGACCCGUCCCGGACAUUCAGCCUUAAAGCCU